AUGUCCCUUCGCUCGCUGGGUUAUCUGGCGCUUCUCGCCUCCGCAUCUUUGUCUUCAAUAUCGACCGUCCAUGCCAAGAUAUCGAGUGCACAUGAACAGCAAAUUUUCCAGUCUUCGAAGAUAGAGUUUACGUCACAACUCCAGACUGAUACCAGCAUCAGAUAUGUCACUGACUCUGGGGUUUGCGAGACUACGCCUGGCGUCACACAGAUGUCCGGGUAUAUAGAUAUCGGGACCAAUAUGUCCAUGUGGUUUUGGUUCUUCGAGUCUCGAAACGAGCCUGAGACGGCGCCCUUCACUUUAUGGCUGAACGGCGGUCCGGGAUGUUCAUCUAUGAUUGCGCUAUUCCAAGAGAACGGACCAUGCUUCGUAAACCCAGACAACUCUUCCACUUACAUCAAUCCAUACAGUUGGAAUAACAUCAGCAACAUGAUAUACAUCGACCAGCCCAUUGGCACUGGCUUCUCGUAUGGCACGCGCGACGUGAAUAGCACGUUCUCGGCAGCGCCUGAGAUUUGGAAAGCGUUCCAAAUACUUUUCGAGAGCAGCGAGUUCAAGAAGUAUCAGAACCGCGAGUUCAUAUUUGCGACAGAGAGUUAUGGUGGACACUACGGACCAGGCUUUGUCACCUACUUUGACGAACAGAACGCGAAGAUUGCGAAUGGUUCGAUCGAGGGCGAGCCGAUCAAUGUCAGUGCACUCAUGAUUAACAAUGGCUGGUUUGAUCCUCUGAUACAGAAUCAAGCCUACGUAGACUUCGUCCGGGAUGCGCCUGGUUAUGGACAGCUGCAGGAUGACGCCGCCAUUGCCCAGGCGAACGCGUCGUUCUACGAGCCCGGCGGCUGCCAAGUGCAGUUGCAAAAUUGCGACAAAGCCGGAAACUCGACAGAGAGCAAUCCAAUCUGCCAAAACGCCGCCGCAUAUUGUCUGGAUGAAGUGUACAAACCUGCGAUUGGCGAUCGCUAUGAGUAUGACCUGCGACAGAAGGCACCCGGCUACUUCCCAACUAUGAACUACGUCACCUAUCUGCAAAGUCCAUAUGUGAUGAGCCAGAUUGGUGCAGAGUCGAUGUACCAGGAUUGUUCCGAUGCCGUCGAAGGCGACUUCAACAAGACGGGCGACGACGCUCGCUCAUUGCUGCCUCAAUUAUCGGCACUUGCGGAUUCCGGGCUCAAGAUACUCAUAUGGGCCGGUGACGCAGAUAUCAAGCGGAAACGCAUCCGUCCGCGCCAUGGAGUGAAUGUGGACAACUUCACGUUCGCGCGAAUUUACGAGGCUGGACACGAAGUGGUGCGCAUUUUCAUUGGCCCCCCCGUGUGCAGGAAAGCUGACGAUGCGCAUCGCGCGCAGCCUGCCUUCCAGCCCGAGGCUUCCCUCGAGAUCUUCCGGCAGGUGAUAAACCGAGAGCCCCUCCACUCUGUCGAUUAG